AAAAACCAAAAUAUUUACAAUAUAUGAUAAGUUUAUAUAAAAAAUAUUAUAAGUUGUAAUGGAAAUUAUAUAAAUAAUAAAAAGAAAAGUGGAAUUUAAAUAGGAUAAUAUCUGAAAAUAAACGAAAAUUUUAAUGGAUCUUAAGCUUACAUCAAAAUAAAAAAAAAAAAGAAUUGGUGCCACGCAAAAAAAUUUUGUAAAAAUAAAAUAUUUUUAAUUGUGUUUUUCAAUAUUGAAUAUUAAAGUAAUUCAAUUCAUAUUAGUGAAAAAUAUUAAUUUGUUUAAAGAUAAAAUAAAUUGUUUUUGAUAUUAUUGUCUCUUUUUAUCUUUUGUGCUUCAUAAAAAAUAAUUUACUUUUAACUGUAUAACUAAUCACAAACAUUAUAUAAAAACCUUGAAAAUCUUGAAUUGUGUUGUUUCGAUAAACAUUCAUAAUAAUUUCAUUCGGCCAAUAUUUUCACAAAAAUACAAUUUCGAAAUGGGUAGAGAAAAACCUCCUGUUCCGGUAAUAAACGAGACUGGAGGCGAAGUUUUAAUUAUAAAACCGAAAGAAAAAAGAAGGAGCAAUGAGAAAAGGAAGGAAAAGUCUCGUGACGCUGCAAGAUGUCGUCGGUCUCGCGAAACGGAUUUGUUUACUGAAUUGGCAGACGGAUUACCAAUAAAACGUGAAGAAGUCGAACAAUUAGAUAAAGCAUCUGUUAUGAGAUUGGCUAUAUCAUUUUUAAAGAUUCAUGAUGUUGUAAAAUUUUUCCCAAAAAUUAAAGAUUUACAAAUAAAAGAUGAAACAGAUAGAAAAUGUGAAGAUUCUAUUCCAGCAGAAGACAAUGAAAUAAAACCAUUUGAUCGCUUUUGGAAUAAUAAAGAUACAAUAAAUUUGAUAAAUAAUUGCUUGGAUGGAUUUCUUUUGAUCUUGUCAAGUGAAGGGGAUAUCACAUAUUCAUCUGAAAGUAUUUCAGAUUAUUUGGGCCUUUCACAGAUUGAUAUACUUGGUAAUCCAGUAUGGGAAUAUAUUCACCAAUGUGACCAUGAUGAAUUAAAGGAAGCAUUAAAUGUUCGUAAAAAUAGUUCACAAGAUACUAUUAAAGAAGAAAAUGAUAAAGAGCAACAAGAUUUUAAAACAUGUCAUCGUGAUUUCUUUUUAAGAUUUAAAUGCACACUAACAAGCCGUGGCAGAAGCGUCAAUAUAAAAAGUGCUUCCUAUAAGGUUAUACAUUUAGUUGGUCACAUGAUUGUAAACAAUGAAGGUGAAAAAAUUUUAAUUGCAAUUGGAAGAGCAAUUCCUCAUCCAUCAAAUAUUGAAAUACCGUUGGGAACUACAACAUUUUUAACAAAACAUUCACUUGACAUGAAAUUUACAUAUGUUGAUGAGAAAAUGCAACAAGAAUUGAACUAUAAAGCCGAUGAUUUGCUUGGUAAAUCUUUAUACAAUUAUCAUCAUAGUUGUGAUUCAGAACAGCUAAUGGCAACCUUUAAAAGUGCUCUUAGCAGGGGACAAGGGGAAACAUGCCGUUAUCGUUUUCUUGGUAAAUAUGGUGGUUAUUGUUGGCUGGUAACACAGGCUACAAUUGUUUAUGAUAAACAAAAACCACAAAGUGUUGUUUGUAUUAAUUAUCUAAUAAGUCAACUUGAAAAUGAGAAUGAAAUAUACUCAUAUGAACAAUUUGAAGCUAAUAAUAAAGAUCAAAAGAAGAGAAUGUGCAAUAAUAAUAAUAAUAUUGUUAGUGAUGAAAUUAAUGAUAAUAUUAAAAAUAAAAAUGAUAUUAAAAAUUUGAGUGAAAAUAAAAUAAUCAAAGUGCAAGUUAUGGAUGAUAUGGAAGCUCCAAUAAAAUUAAUCAAUUCACCAACAUCUUCAAUAUUUAAAACUACAAAUCAAAAUCAAAAUAAUAUUAAUAAUAUAAUUAAUAAAAAUAAUUUAAUACGUGAAAAUUCACUUUCACCACUUCGUCAAACAUUGAAGAAUUUCACUAUUACAAAACAACAAAAUCAACAACGACAACAACAGCAACAAAAAGAUUUGACAGAAUCCACAAUAAAAUCAACAUCAUCUGUUGAUAUUAAUUGUGAUGGUGAUGGUAAUGAUAUUGUUAUUAAUAAUGAUUCAUAUUCAUCUUCUACAGAUAUAAAAUUGAAAACAAUUGAAUCAAAUGAUAUCAAUAUAAAAAAGAACAACAAUAAUAACAAUAAUAAAGUUAUUAAUAAUAAAAAAUUAUUUAUUGUUGGUGGGGGAGGUGGUUAUCAAAAAACACCAACAGUAAAUAAUAAUAACAGUAAUAAUAACGAUAACAUCAAAAAGGAACCUAAAAAGCCAAAAUCAGUUACUGCAUCUGUAUUUACACAAGUUAAACCAAAUGAACGUAGUGCAAUAUUAUUAAAUACAAAUGCUCAAUUUAAUGUUGCAUCUCGUGCCCAAUCAGUUACAGCAUCAAUAUUUAAACCAAUAUCACAAAUAUCAAAUAUAUUAGUAACCACAAAACCAAAUAAUAAUAACAAUAAUAUAAAUAACGGAGAAAAUAAUAAUAUAACUGUUGAUAAAGGCAAAAAUAAUAAUAAUAAUAACAGUAACAUUAAUAAUAACAGUAAUCAUAAUAAUAAUAAUAAUAAUAAUAAUAAUAAUAUAACUGGAGAACAAAACCCUGUUAUUCCAAAAGUUCAAAUAUUAUCUUCUCCAUCAAUAACAAAUUCGUCUGUUGAUAAACGACGUUCAGAAGAUAUGAACAAAGGAUAUAUUUCGUUUGCAGAAGACGGCGAUUUAACAAUGUUCAAAGAAGAACCAUACGAUUUAACAAAUCUAGCACCAACAGCUGGUGAUUCUUGUAUACCAUUACAUGAAUCAACACCAUUAUUUGGUGAAAUGCUUGAAGGAUUAAUAUUACCCGAUUCAUAUGCUAGUUUAUUACCAGAUGAAAUUAAUUCAAUAGAUUCACAACAAAGUAAUAAUCAAAAUAAUUGCAAUAAUAAUAAUAAUAAUAAUAAUAAUAACAACAAUAAAAAUGGUAAUACAUCAAUAGAUCCUUUCAUUAAUUAUCGUGAUGAUACAAGUGAUACAGCUAGUUCACCGCAUUUACUAUCGCCUGGUGGUUUAUCAAAGAGUCCAGAAGCUAGCAGUUUACCAUCAUUAUGCAGUCCGCAUUCAUUAAGUCAAGAAGAUGAAUUUGCAUUUAUGACUAUGAAUGUUGAAGAUGAUAUUGAUUUAUCAAUGCGUGCUCCAUAUAUUCCAAUGAAUGAACAAGAUGAUUUACCAUUAUUAACUGAUGAUUUAAUGUGGAGUGCUUUUACUGAAGAAUUAAGUUUAUCUAAAGAUAUGAAAGAUGUUAUGCAAAUACCAGAUAUAACAGCAUUAAAAAAUCAAAUAAAUCAAACAAAUCAUAAUUGUUAUAAUAAUAACGUCAAUAAUAACAGUAAUAGUAAUGAUAGUAAUAGUAGUAAUAAUAUUAAUAGUAAUAAUAAUUGUUUAACAACACAAUUAAAUUUAAAAGCACAAUCACAUAAUAUUCAACAGCAACAACAACAACAACAACAUCAUGAAUUACAGCAAACAACACCAAUUAUAGCAACAUCAAUAUUACAAACUGUUAAUAAUAUUAAUUUAAUUAACAAUAAUAGUAAUAAUAAUAAUAAUAACACAAAUAGUAAUACAAAUGAAAAUGUAAAUGAAUCUAGUUUGGUAAAUUUAUUAUGCAAUAAUAAUAGUAAUGAUGAUAAUAUAAAUAAUAAUAAUAAUAAUAGUAAUAAUAAUAAUAAUAAUGACGAUAAUAUUAUUUUAAAUAAAUUAUCAACAACGGACGAUGAUAUUAAUUGUAAGAAACGUAAAUAUAUUGAUGAUAAUUUAUGCGAUUCCAUUGAUGCAUUUGGUCAAGUUUUUAAUAAUAAAAAUUGUUCAAAUCUUGAUUGUUGGUCUGUUAAUGAUUUAUUGCAAUUAGAUCAAGAAAAUAUUCAAUUUAAUGAUAAAUCACAAAAUAUAUUAAUAUCAAAUUUGACGAAUGGUAUUGUUUCGGCACCAGCAACAUCAAAUACAUCAUCACCAUCAAUAAUAUCAACAAUUUCUCCAAUAACAACAACGGCAACAACAACAACAAUACAUGUCCCAUUAAUAACUAUACAAAACAAUUUAAAAACUAAUCAAUUAAAUAGUAACAAUAAUAAUAAUAAUAACAAUAAUAAUAAAUUAAAUAUACAAAUAAAAAAUGAGAAUAAUUGCACAAAAAAUAUAAUAUUAGAAAAUCAUAAUAUUAUCAAUAAUGAUAAUAAUCAAAAUUCUUGUAGUAAUAAUAAUAAUAACAACAACAAUAAUAAUAGUAAUAACAAUAAUAAUAAUAAAUCAAUAAUAACAACAAAUCGAAUUUUAAAUUCUUGUAAUAAUAACAAUAUAAAUACCUCACAAGUCAAUACUGUCAAAUUGAUUCCACAUUCUACAAUUAUAUUAAAUGGUACACAUUUAACAAAUAAUAAACGUCAUAUUAUUGGAGCUACAACACAAUUAGAUUCUAAACGUAUAAAAUGUAGUGAAAAUUCUUCAUUAAUAACAAAAACAACAGCAUUUACAACACCAGUAACAUCUAUUGGUAAUAAUAUAAUAACAUCAUCUUUACAAAGAACUCAACCAAAUGCUAAUGUUCAGCAAUCACAACAACAACAACAGCAAAAUGAAAAAACAAUGCAAAAUGUUGAAAUACAGACGACACCACAUUUAUUACAACAAUUAAUUUCUGCUCCAAAUCCUAAAAUACAAAAGGAUAAUAAUAAUCAAAAAAAUCAGAAAAAUAUAUCUGGAAUAGAUAAAUACAAUCAGAAUAAUAAAAAAGAUAAUGAUGGUCUAAUAAUUAACAAGACACAUAAUAAUCAUUUAGAACAAUUGAAAUUACGUCAACAACAACAACAACAACAGCAACAACAGCAUUCACCAUCGAAUUCUGUUUUAAAGAAUCUUUUGGUUAGUGGAUGUGAUAGCACAUCUCCAUUGCCACCUUUAAUUACAGAUGAUGAAAACAGUCAAGACACAAUUAACAUGAAUUCAAAUCAGAUAUCACCAUGCACUUAUUAUAAUCGGCCAUACAGUUGCAGAAAUGGAUCAGCUCAAUUAAUACGUAAUUGUGGAGCUAAUCCAAUGUUUGGUGGUCCAACAAUGUUACCAUCACCACCGAUACCAGAAUUUUUCAAUACAACUAGAAAAAUUGAAUCAACGAGGGCAUUAAAAGUUUUAUCACCGAAUAUAUGUAAUAUUGAAAAUGAUAUCAGCAAUGAUAGUGGUAUUGAUGAUGUCGGAACAAAUGUUCAAAAUUCAUUUAAAAUAACAUUUGAUGAGAUGGCAUUCGAUUUGCAAAAGCAAUUAGAAUUAAAUAAUAAAUCAUCAAUGGCAACAGAAAUGGGCAUAAACAAUAAAAAUGAUGCAUUUAAGAAUGAAUUAAAUAAAACUAUAACUGCAGCAAAUAAUUUAAAUGAAAAUGAACCUGGAGGUAAUAAUGAUGCAAUUGCAUAUAAAGCAAGUAAACCACCACCUGAUGUUGCAACAAAUAAUAACUGUUACAAAAAUUUCUUUGAAAAUCAAUCAUUAAAAAGUGAAUCAUCUUCUAUGGAAACUGAGUCUAUGAUAAUCGAUAACAAUGAAAAUGAUGAAAAAAUUUCUUCUUUAAUUGAUGAAUCGACUGGAUCAUUUGGUGCACAAUUUUUAAUGGAUUUCUACUAUAAUAUGGAUACAAAUAUGAAUGAUGAUUUUCUCGUUGAUACUUGGUCGAAUUCUUUGAUGUAGAAAAAAUAAAAUACCAAACUACAAAUUCUAAAAAAUAAAUCAAAAGAAAUAAGUUUAACCGUAGAAAAGAGUAAAUUGAAGUAGAUUAUCGAUCAUUUAUUUAAAAAAAAAAAAUUAAUUAUCUUAAUACAAAUACCUAAUUAAAGUUAAAUACCAUAAAUAUUUGUAAAUUUAAAGUAUUACUAAAAAAAUUCUUUGUUCUUUUACCAUUUAAAUACUCAAUUUUGUUAAACAUUAAUAUCGAGUCUCGUUUUGUUUUUUAUUUCGUUAUGUUUUCAAUAGAUGACGCUGUUUAAUUUAAAAAGAAUUUAAAACAAAAUCAUAUAGUAAAGGUUUUUCUCUUAAUUGUGAACUUAAUUUAAAGGAAAAAAAUUAAAUUU